GGAAAAUCAUAUUUAUUUUAAGAAUAUUUAAUAUUUGUUUGAAAAGGUGAUAAAACUCGAUAGUUUUUGUGAUUUUUUCGAUUUUUUGUACAGGAUAUGUAUUCGAAUAUGAUCGGAUCUUGGAAUAAAUGCCAGAUUCGGUUUUUUCGUGCCAAAAAACCCCCCAAUACCAAUUUUCACAAUAAUCGAUUAAUAAACACAUCAUCUCCCAGAAUAGUGGAAAAUGGAAACUUCAAAAAAAUUUUUUGUAUGAAGUCAUGAGCCAACUAAGAAAAACGGUUAUCACCGAUGAAUUCCUUGGCCCGGAAUUAGGAAAGGCUAAUAUGGACAAGCAAAAUGUAAAUUUGCAAACUGGUUUACAUCUAGCCGUCGAACGGCAACAUGUUCAAAUUGUAAAAUUACUUGUACGCGAAGGUGCCAAUUUAAAUAUACCAGAUAAAGAUGGUGAUACACCACUGCAUGAAGCUCUACGUCAUUACACACUCUCACAGCUUCGUCAAUUGCAAGACGUUGAAGGAUUCGGUAAACUGUUGAUGGGAUUACGUAACCAUACGGAUAAGAAAGCUUCAGCAUCAAUUGCAUGUUUCUUGGCAGCCAAUGGGGCUGAUUUAACGAUAAAAAAUCGCAAACUACAAACGCCAUUGGAUCUGUGUCCAGAUCCAAAUCUUUGCAAAGUUUUAGUGAAGUGUUACAACGAGCGUAAGACUGACGAUAUGGAUCUACCCGGAAACAUGGCAAACAUGGCAAUCAGCGUUAAUUCAUCAAACGUUAAUAUUCAAUCGGAUCAAAAUACAAAUGAAACAAUCUUAGAAAACGAAACAAAUAUAAGCACAACUACCCAAUUGGAAGAAUGUUUAAUAUGCUCGGAUCUGAAACGUGAUACAAUAUUUAAGCCUUGUGGACACGUUAGCUGUUGCGAUACAUGCGCACCACGUGUUAAAAAGUGUUUAAUAUGUCGAGAGACAGUAUUUUCAAGGGAAAAAAUUGACGAAUGCCUUGUAUGUUCGGAUAAACGAGCAAGCAUAUUUUUCAAACCAUGUGGCCAUAUGGUUGUUUGUGAAAAUUGUUCGAAAAUAAUGAAGAAAUGUGUACAAUGUCGUACGCAAAUUGAUGAAAUGGUGCCACUAUCUGUCUGCUGUGGUGGCACAGGUGCUGUAGAAAAAGUUUCAGCAUCACUUGAUGACAAAAAUGAUAGCGAAUUAAUGUUGGGCAUCAAUAAAUUGGGCAUUAACGUUGCAAUGAAUAAUACAGUAUCUGCAACACCUUCAAAUGCUGCUGUUAAUCAAACGAACACAAAUAUUAAUAAUAUACAGUUGGAUGACGUACAGAAACUUCAACAACAACUGCAAGAUAUCAAAGAACAGACAAUGUGUCCGGUUUGUUUUGAUCGCAUUAAAAAUAUGGUCUUCCUUUGUGGUCAUGGAACAUGUCAAAUGUGUGGCGAUCAAAUUGACGGAUGCCCAAUUUGCCGUAAAACUGUUGAAAAACGAAUACUGUUGUUCUAAUGACGUUAUCGAAUAAUACGGAAGUCCACGCUAAAUAUAGCCAGACUUCAUGAUAAGAACUAUUAACAUUGUUCCUUAAAUUAAACUAAAUUAAUUUUUUCAUUUAUUUGUUUGAUUGAUUGAUUGAUGAUUUUAAUGUGCAAUUUGCAGUGUGUGAACGAUGCUAUUCGACAAUAAAGUAUUCUCAGUUUUUCCAUCGUCGCUAUUUAA